UUCGUGGAACCAAUCACUGCUUGAGACGUCUGUGUGCAUCAUCAUCACAGCGGUAUUGAGCAAGACAAGACAAGCCUAUAUUGAACAGUGCAGGCGCGCUCGAUCUUCGGAGAAUAUUACUCAUAUAUCUAUGUAUGUGCUGGGAUAAGAAUCUGUUACUAAUUUUUGCGCUAAACACAUUAUUUUACGCUACGCACUGCCCAUGUGAAGAUAGAAUUGUUUUCCAUUUUCAAAGAUAUACAGUAUGGCCAAAAGGUUCUGUACGGGCCCGACAUCCGGUGUAGAGGUAGACGACAAUUGUAUCCAGUCCUAUAUUAACCUACAACUUCAUCAUUCCGCCCAGUUCAUUAUUUACCGCCUCUCUGAUGACAAAAAGCGCAUCAUCGUAGACAAAAUAGGACCAGUAGGAUGCUCAUACGACAAUUUUGUAACGGAACUUCAGAACGCGGGAAUAAAGGGAGAGGGACGAUAUGGUGUAUUUGAUUUUAGCUACACUGUAAAAGAAAGGAUGGUGAACAAAAUAGUUUUCUUUUUAUGGAUCCCGGAUACUAUACAGGUGAAACAGCGGAUGUUGUAUAGCAGUAGUGUGCGCGCACUAAAAGGAAGACUUCCUGGAAUUCAUGUGGAAAUGCAGUGUAAUGAUGAUUCCGAUUUGGCACAGUCUAAUCUUCUCCAGCGUUGUCUAGAAAGGGGAUAUGACUAAUGUUUAGGGCAGAAUCACAUCAGCAAUAGAAUCUCAAAAAAUACAUCGAUUCAUCAGAAAAUGACGUACGUUCAUUCAUGACAAUAUGGUUUUGAUUUUCGGAAGAAAUCUACACACCUCAAUUGACUAAUGUUUUCCAAUUGCCGACAAAACACAUGGUGCGGGUUGUCGCUGCAAAGAAAUCGCUUAAACAAUGCUUUACAAAAGUAUUAUUUUGGCAUUGUUUGUAGUUAAUCUGCGUAUGAUGUAAGAGUGCAGUGACAAUUGACUGAUAGUGAGAUUGAGAAUCUGAUAACGAGGCUUACAGAUUAACUACGCGGUGAUAGGGAAUUCGUAUCUGAUUCGGUGCCAAAUAUAAUUAUAUAUCUGCAUAACACUUGUAUGAAGAAGAUAAGUUAGUCAUCUCCGAGUCGCCCUCAUUCAACACUAAGUGCUAAAGAAUUUGUUUUCUAUAUUUUGCUUCAUCACGAAACGGGGGAUAUUCUACUACAUGAAAUGUAGAAGUUGUUAACCCAGCAUUAAAUCUACGUUUAUACAUACUGUAAAA